UGAUUCGAGAGAGAGAGAGGUAGAGAGUGGGAGGGAGGGAGAAUGGCGGAGGAAGGGCAGGUAGUCGGCUGCCACACCGUCGAGAAGUGGAAGGAGCAGCUGCAGAAGGGGACCGGCUCCAAGAAACUGGUGGUGGUGGAUUUUACUGCUUCAUGGUGUGCGCCAUGCCGUAUCAUGGCCCCAGUCGUUGCUGAGUUGGCCAAGAAGAUGUCCAAUGUUCUGUUCCUGAAGGUGGAUGUGGAUGAAUUGCAGUCUGUUAGUGUGCAGUAUGAAGUGGAGGCAAUGCCAACUUUUUUACUCUUUAAAGAAGGCCAGGUCGUGGACAAGCUUGUGGGUGCACGGAAAGACGAAUUGCAGGAAUUGGUCGCCAAACAUGCAACUGAUGCAGCUGCCGCUUGACUGUGAAUUUAGCGCUCCUUUGAAAUAAAUAACCAGCUUAAUUGUUGGGUACUCUGCAAUCUUUAUGCUUGGUGUGUACUUCUAGCUCCCUUGGAUAUCGCCUUCUGACGUUACUAGUGGGAGAAAAAGCUACUUGCUUGUUAUAUGGUUGAUGUAAUGUCAUCAGUUGGCGCCUGUGAUAUCGCUAUCUCUUGGAAUGAGCUAAGGUUUGGCCGCA